AAUAUUGACUGUGUUUCUCUUGCCGUUUAGCUUCCCGUAUAUUUGACUAGUCUGGUUUGUCGUGGAUUUUAAGAUUGGCGCGAACUGAAUUGAUGCAUUUGUACAUCGUUUCUAUAGUGCAUUGAUAACAAUAACAGCAUGGGAGAUAAGGAAGCAAUAUCUCACAUUAUCAAUAGCUGUCUUAGUGAGAAAAAACGCAAUGAUUAUCUGGAUUGGAACGAGUACUUCAUGGCAACGGCAUUCUUGGCGGCAAAGCGAAGUAAAGACCCCAACACGCAAGUGGGAGCAUGCAUAGUGAAUGAUGAGAAGAAAAUCGUCGGGAUCGGCUACAAUGGUUUCCCGAUCGGAUGCAGUGACGAUGAAUUCCCGUGGGGUAAAAAAUCCGCCAAUUCACUAGAUGCGAAAUAUCUGUACGUUUGUCACGCAGAGAUGAAUGCUAUACUGAACAAGAAUAGUUCCGACGUGAAGCAAUGCACAAUGUAUGUGGCGCUCUUCCCGUGUAAUGAAUGCGCGAAAAUUAUUAUCCAAUCCAGAAUUAAAGAGGUCAUCUACAUGUCCGAUAAGCAUGCGCAUAAAAACUCCACGAUUGCAGCGAAGAAAAUGUUCGAUGCCGCUGGGGUAAAAUAUUGGCAAUUCCAGCCACGAAAUAACAAAAUAGUAAUAGACUUCUCGGAAAUCGACUGGGAUAAUCUCUACCAACUACCCACGACGCCCGCUAAAAUUACAGAGGUGUAAAAAAGUGAACAAACGAGGCUUCAAUAGUAAACAGUGAUAAUUUAUUGAACAUAAAUCUUUCUAUAAAUAGCUUGAUGAUUUAUAAUAGGCUUUAUACACAAAAACAAGUUCGAAAAAGAAUGCAAUAAAAACUGCCAAAGUCUGGUAUAAAAUAAA